AUUCAGUUACCAAAUAUUUUCUUUCCAAACACCACUUCAUUUUCUCGUCAUUUUCCCGCAUACAAAAUGGCCCUUCACCCCAUCAACCAAGCUAAUGAAAACAGCCCUUAUGGAGAUCUCACCAGACAACAAUUCCACAAAAAGCACCAAAUCUUCCACCAACAAUCCUACAUGUUCAACAAAAACAACAUGAAAAUCUUCACUCAAACAUGGUGCCCUGAUUCCCUCGAGCCACUCAAGGGCCUCGUCGCCAUGAUCCACGGCUACACUUCCGACAGCAGCUGGAUAUCCGAACUCACAGCAGUCGCCAUCGCCAAAACCGGCUUUCUCGUCUGUGCCCUUGACCUCCAAGGCCACGGCUCCUCCGACGGCUAUCCCGGCCACAUCCCCAAAAUCAAACCCAUCGUUCAAGAUUGUAUCCAGUAUUUCGACUCCAUUAAAACAAACCACCCCAAGUUGCCGUCAUUUCUCUACGGAGAAUCCCUUGGCGGUGCAAUAUCAAUUUUGAUAUGUUUAGAGAAAAAAUACGAAUGGGAUGGUUUGAUUUUGAGCGGUUCAAUGUGUGGAAUUUCAGCCAAAUUUAAGCCAAUGUGGCCAUUGGAGAAGCUUCUUCCAGUGGCGGCUUUAUUUGCACCCAAGUGGAAAGUGGUUGUGUCGAAGCCAGUAGCGAGCAAAUCAUACAAGGAGGAGUGGAAGAGAAGGUUGGUGGCAAGGAACCCGAAUCGUCGAACGUCGGGGAAGCCUCCGAUGGCGACGGCGUUGGAGUUUUUGAGGGUGUGUAAGUAUAUAAAGAGGCAUUGCCAUGAUCUGGAGGUGCCGUUGCUGAUUUUGCACGGGGAGAAGGAUAAAAUAUGUGAUUAUGAAUCAGCGAGGUUUGUGUAUGAAUCGGCGGCGAGUAAGGAUAAAACGUUGAAGAUCUUUCCGGGAAUAUGGCACAUGUUGUUCGGAGAAAAUGAGGACGACGUCGAGCUCGUUUUAGAGAUUUUGUUGUCCUGGAUUGGAGAAAGGGAGGCUAAAUCAAAUAUAAAUUAAUUUUAUAUUUUCAAAAAUUAUAAAUAUUUUAACAAUAAAAUUAUCAACACACUUUUAAUACAUAAUUGAAUACACAAAUUAUCUGUCAUUAUGCAUUUAGACAAUU